AUGACCGACACAUGCCGCUUAAUCGCGGCUGAGGCCAUUGAUGCCAUUACACUGCACUGGACCCCCAACCACAUUCAUGUGUGGAACUCUGCGUGGUACCUUUUCCAGGCCUGUAUGGUACCACUUCUUUCGAUCGCCAUGGAGACGGCAUGGAGGCCGGGCUUGUUCCCCGAAAAGAUGGACCGAUGGUCUGCAAGCCUGACAAAGGCUUUGGACAUAUUCAACGACAUGAAGCCGUGGAUGAGGGGAUCGGAUCGAGCAGCCCACAUGGUGGCUACCCUCUUUCAGGCUGUCACGGUGACGGUCGAGAAUCAAGUUCACCCAUCAACCAGUCCGGAAGGGGCCUGGGAGUUACCAGGCUGGUGCGAUGAGCAACUUGCGGAUAUAGACUGGAACAUGUUUCUGAUGCCCGACUCGGUGUCACACCAGCUUAUUUACGGCCAGAAUGUUCGAGGAGGAAAGUCCGGUGCGACAAGACUGUCCCUUGCGGACGAUGCGCACGAAGACGAGCUCCAGUUCUUGGCCAGUCUGAAGCAAGGUCUCACAGAUGCGAGCGACCUCGAAGUGAUGGGACAACAGGUUCAGCGGCGUAUUGACAAGCUUGAGAGUGGCCUCCCGAUGGCAUCUGCUGGCUUGAUCAUUGCCACAACGCAAUACGACGCUGUCCCAUUACCAGGCGAAGCCAUCGCGAGUGGAAUUUUCGAUGACAGCCUCAUUGAACUUCAAUUUAGGAAGCUGACCGACAUUUUAUACGAAGAAGACUUCCUUCAACACCCAUCAAUGUUCUCUGUUCAGGCAAUCACACUUAUAACUAGACUUGGGCAUAAUCUGGGCCUGAGCCAGGUUACCGGCAACUUGCUCGGCGCCGCUCAUGGCAUUGCCAGGUGUCUCGGUCUACACCGUGUCCAACCACUCCCGGUACCUACGCUGAUACAAUCCGACCCUGAUAUCGCCAUAGGGCAGGCUCGGUCAGACUGGCUCGAGCAGACAGAGAUCGAAGUUGGCAAGCGUACUUGGUGGCAACUCGUGAUUCAGGAUUAUUUCUCCAUCCCGUUCACAGAGACCUACGCUAUUCACCCCUCACAAUUCACUACGCCAAUACCAAGGAAUUCGGGCGAACGUUUGCGUAAGCGAGCAUGCGACGUCCUCGCCGCGAAGUGCGCUACGCUGAUCGAGGUUCUCCUCUCCGUCGAGGAGGAGCUUGUCAUCAAGGUCAUGCGUAUGCGUGAUGGAACGAUAGAGGAGAAGCAGCGUGAAGCUAUCGACGAACUCAUCGCAAGUCAGGACAUCUUGGCCAAAUUCCUUGACUUGGAUCCGGUCUCCGGAAUGAGACCUAUGCUCUGGGAAAGCCCAGCAGCAUCCGAGACAUGGGACCCUGCUGUUUUGUAUGACGUGGAACAGUUUGAAGAUUUCGACGUUUGGUAUAAUGAGGUGUUCUCAGGCGUUGCUUAUUGA